GCCAGAUUCAGGAUUUCCUUACGUGGCAUGAUCUCCGUGAUCGAUGCCGCUGUAUAACGCCGCGAGAUCCUGGUUUCACUCGGUAUUACCUAUUUAUCCAAGGGUAUAAUCGGAAACAAAAAAGUGGUUAAAGAAUAACAGAGUGGAAAGACGCACUUCUUUCUUUUCUUGCAAUCGAGUCCAAAACAGGAAGCUUUAAGAGAAUAAUGCCUCCGAAAAUUGUCUUUGUUGCAUCUGGUUUGUUGGUGAAGAAGUUUGAUUUCUGAUUUAUGUUUGUCAUCUGUACUGAUGGAGCAUGUUUUUGGAUUUUCUGCAUCUUGGGAUGGUUGCUUCUGCCUUUUGAGGUGAAUUUGGAGCUUUCUGCUGGGAUUCGAAGGGCAUAACAAGUUUUGCAGAAUGAAGGGUAAUGGUAGGCGUGUAAGAUGGAAUGAGGAAAACCUGGGAGAAAUUGAAGCAAAUAAACCUGUAAGGCAGAAAAUUACUGAACCCAAGACACCAUAUCACCCCAUGAUUGAGGAUGAUGGGUCUUUAUCUCCUGUACAUCGUAGCUUCAAUGAUUGUAUUGGUGAUUCCAUGGAUGCCGAGGAAUUAUCCAAUGCUUUGAAUGAUGUAGCAUCCUCAAGUGGAAAAACUACAGGACAAUCUGGUGGCUGGACAUCAUCUGAAGAUGAGGCUGACCCUGUGGAACGUGAAGAUGAAGGUGCUUCUUUUAACCACUGCUUUUUAGUUGGCUAUUCCAUAUCAAUAUAAUAAUUAUGAUUUCCUAUUUUCCUUCCUUUACUUAUGAUAGCCCUUUCUGAUGACUUCUUUAUCUCUUUGCUCCUAGUAUCCUUCUUGAUAUCAUAAGUGUCAGUAUUAGCUGCUUUAGAGGAGAGUAAUGUUUGAGAAAAAUGAACCUUUUAGAAGUGUGCUAGGCAUGCAGCUUUUAUGCAUGAGGGUUACACUCUAGUUUUGAAUUUUUUUAUGUAUCAGAAAGAUUCCAAGAAUUGUCAAAGUUCCAUGAUAUUUACCUUGUAUUUGUUUGUUGGAAGACGAGAAAUGUCAAAUAU